GUUGUAUACACUGUGAACGAAAACAGUUUAUUCACUUUUUCAAACCGACUAGGUACUAUGGCGCUCUUUCAUAUGAAGUACUUUGUAUGGCUUUUCACUUUUUACACUCUUAUUAAGUUCUCUCAUUCCGGCCAGCCGGAAGACGAUUUUGUCGAAUGGGCUAAAACUAUGGAUCGAGGAGGUUAUAGCGCCCCUAUUUCGUCACUAUCUAAUAUGCGUUCAACUCUAGAUGGCUACAGAAAACAAUUUUACAAAGAAUUUUAUUGCAACUACGUGAUAACUGCUACCGUCCAUUUGCAUUUAACAAAGCAAUUUUUGGUGAACGUGAAUUAUCGAAAAUUGUUAAAAGCUACCGAAAUAGAAUAUCUUACAUUCACAAACGAAGUCAAUCAGAUAUUAACAGUUUUGUUGAACGAUGGGCACGAAGAUAGCCGACAUCCCAUCACAGAUGUUAUGUGGAUAUUACUCGUGUACUGCGAACUGGAACAAACAUUUUUUUCGCCAACCUCUUUCGAGUCCCUUUCACAAGCAACCAAAAAUCACAUAUUGAAAACUCACGACGUCGCAGUUCAACUGCUCGGAGAUUUUAUAAAAACACAGACUUGCGAAAUGUUUGAUCCGCUUUCUAAAGACAAAGUAUCCGACGUUGUAAGUUUAGUCAAAAGAAAAAAGGUUUCGGCUAAAGUUUUAGACGAAAGAGAUAAUAUUAUCAGUUUACUAGAACGGGUACAGCAAAACAGGCAAAUGUUUAAUAAACAGUCUGAACAUAAUUGCAGAAAAGACUACAGAUUUAAUCACCGACCUGAUAUUAAGCAUAAUUUCUUAGACAAUUUGCUCAUGAAACGUCUAUUGGAGUACAACAAUGACAAUAUUACAGAUUUUGAAAAAUUUGGUAUUCAGCUGGACUUGAAUCCAGUAGCGGACCAACUCGGUGUAUAUUACGAACUCGGGAAAAACCUUAACAAACCUCUGUACGUACGAAUCAAUAAUCUGAUAAAAUUUGAGCAAACAUUUGUGCGCUCGAUGAAGGUGGUCGCUAUUCGUUUGAUAUUGAGAUACUUUUCGAACAUCAUGGAAUGGGAUGACGAAACAAUAAGACGAUUUGUGUUUGGACGUAAUAUGAAGCCGUGCAAUGACAAAAUGAUUGGUUAUUUGGAAAAGUUUGCUGCACGUUUCGAGAUUACCAACGACGAAUACUUGCGCCAGGCAAUUCAAAAGCUGAAAGGUGGGUACCUUGAUCGCACUGUUGUCAAUGGGUAUGUAUAUUAUUUGCUGAUAUCAUUGACACACAUCGGUUGUAACGUUGCUACGUCGAUCAACGUAGAUGUCGACGUGUCAGACCUGGAGGAAGACAAACCGAUAGAAACUGAAGACAUGAUUAUUGAAACUUGGCUUUUUGAAAGUCGCCCGUUCGGUCCAGUGUCGUCGGGCCGUGUCUGGGUAACGUCUUCGAAUUGCUCAAUCGAAGAUGUUCACAAGACAUCCACGGGUCCUGGGAAAGACUUGAUGGAAUUAAUUUCUCCGGGAAGCGAUGCAAUGGCCGUUCCCGAAGGACCAGCCAAGAAUUAG